AUGGUUGACCAGCCAACGCCUGCGGCGAAGAAGAGGAAGGAGGAGGCGGUGGUGCCGCUUGGGACCAAGCCGCCUGCUCCGGCUGCGUCUCCCUCUGUGGAGAAGGGCACUACUCAUGUCUCUCCAGCUCGGUCGUCCUCGCGAGGCCUAGGGGAGAAUCCUCUGGAGGAGCCAGCCCCCGUGGCCCCGCUAGCUCCAGAGGCACCGGUGUCCGGCUCGGCUGUUGAGGUCUCCAAGGCUCAGGAGCCCCCAGUCUCCCAGGCUAUGGUGACGGUACCUUCUCAUCCUCCUCCCGCUGCACCGCUGAUUCCAGGCCCUUCUGCCUCCCCUAUCGUCUUGGAGCGUGCUCUUCUUGAGAUGACCCAGCUGCGAGAAGAUCUUCAGGGCGCUGAUCCCCUCCUGGUGGCUGGGCGCCUGGAGCUAGUCUCGGGCUGGCUCCAUUCCGACAUGUCUGUUCGGGCGGCGCUGAGCCGGGCCACGGCGACCUCCGAGAAGGAGAAGCAGGCCGCUGCCCAAGCAGCGGCUGCUUGCGAGGCGGCGUUGAAGGACGUGAAGGCUACCGAGGAUCGCUGCCGGGCACUGGAGGCCGAGCUGAAGACCCUACGCAACGAGCAUGCGGAGGAAGCCCGUUGUUGCAAGGCGGAGGAGGAGAAGAUGAAGGCUCGAGAAGACGUCGUCAAGGGUCGUGACACCGAGCUGGAGCAGUCGGCGAAGGCACAGGCAGCUGAGCGCGCGUCCGCCUGGAGGAGCUGGAGCGGAAGGUGGGGGCAGAGAAGUCCGAACUUGACGCCAAGGCAAAGGUUCUGGCCGAGGACCACGCGGUCUUCGCGCUCCUCGAGGAGAGGUAUCGCGGCGCAUUGA